AUGGAACCUACAGAUGGCUGGAGUCGUCGUGCGGUGCUUUUCGCAUUCUCGUGCUUCAUAGGCACUGGAGGCCAAGGUAACAGCACAACCUCAACCAAUGGCACAUCUUCGACCAAUGGGACAGGUUCAACCAAUGGCACAAGUUCGACAAAUGGCACGACUUCAACCAAUGGCACAGCUUCAACCAAUGGCACGGCUUCGACCAAUGGCACGGCUUCAACCAAUGGCACAGCUCCAGUAAACGGAACAGCUCCAGUAAACGGAACAGCUCCAGUAAACGGAACAGCUCCAGUUAAUGGUACAGCUACCAAUGGCACGGCAACUAACACUACCACUCCCCGAACGACGACAACAGUAGAUCCCGCUACUUGUAAGAUUUUAUCAGCUGCUAUGAUACGUUAUCUGAAAGAACUAUUACAACUGCUAUGUACUUUAGUAGCCAACUGCGACAGCGUCCGGAUGCCUAAAGAAGUACGACAAAGAUUCCUCGACCAACACAAUCUGCGCAGAGGCAGUUUGGCCAGAGGACUCAGUGAACGUAAUGCAUUCGAAGGGAAAAACGAGAUUGCGCCUCCAGCAGCUAAUAUGUAUCGUACGGUAAGAAAUUUUUCUUUAUUCAAAGAAUAUAGGUGCUGA